AUGGCUGUUAAGAAGUUUAGAUCAUUCGAUGAUUUUGUUCCUACAAUUAGUGAUAGCGAAGAAGAUGUUCCAGAUUUAGAUGCUUCUGAUGACGAAAUGGAAAAGAAGCCAGUGAAGUCCUCAAAAACUAAGAACAAAUCUAAAAAGAAGGCCAAGCAACAACAGGGAUCUCACUUGGACGAAGAUGUCCAUGAAGAUUUGAAUCCAGAAUUCCAAUUCUCCAUUGACAGCGGAGAAGUUACCACCAACUUUGCAGGCUGGGAUUUCCAAGGUGAUGAGAAGAGUGAUGAAGUUGAGAAAAAAGAUGUCGAUCUAGAUGGGAUCAUUAGAAGAAAAGGUGGUUUGAUUAUGAUGGCUGCUACAGGCAGUGAUGCCGAAGAAAGCCUAUCAGAAGAGUCCGAAGAAGAACCAGAAGAAGGAGACGAACCUGGCGAGAGUGAUGAUGAAGAUGAAUUAGCUUUGGAUGGGUUCGGUAUGGGUGUCAAGAGAAAGGCAACAGAGGAAAAUGAAGAAGAUGAAGAGGAUGAAGAAGAAGAGGAUGACGACGAAGAUGACGACAAAAAGACCGAAAUGAGUCAGGCAGAUUUAGGUAAGGGAAAAGACGAAGAUGAAGACAUUGAAGAAGACACUAAAGAAGAAAUGGCUGAAUUUUAUGCUCCAGAAGAGGAAAGUGCGGAUGCUAAAAAGAUCGUUCAUAAAACUUUCAACAGCUUGUCGUUAUCCCGUCCUGUGUUGAAAGGGCUUGGAAGUUUAGGAUACACCAGUCCUUCUCCAAUUCAAAGUGCUGCUAUUCCUAUUGCCCUUCUUGGUAAAGAUAUCAUUGCCGGUGCUGUUACAGGUUCUGGUAAAACAGCUGCUUUUAUGAUUCCUAUCAUCGAACGUUUGUUGUACAAACCUGCACAUAUUGCAUCAACAAGGGUUGUUGUACUAACUCCAACCCGUGAAUUGGCUAUUCAAGUGGCUGAUGUUGGUAAAAAUAUCGGUAAGUUUGUUAACGGACUAACGUUUGGUUUGGCCGUCGGUGGUUUGAAUUUAAGACAACAAGAACAAGCAUUGAAGACCAGACCUGAUAUCGUAAUUGCCACACCAGGUAGAUUUAUCGAUCAUUUAAGAAAUUCUGCGAGUUUCAGCGUUGAUUCAGUUGAAAUCUUGGUCAUUGACGAAGCUGAUAGAAUGUUAGAAGAAGGUUUCCAAGAGGAACUACAAGAAAUCAUGUCUCUCAUUCCAAGUAAGAGACAAACUCUGUUGUUUUCUGCUACAAUGAACUCAAAAAUUAAGCAAUUAAUCUCGCUAUCUCUAAAGAAGCCUGUUAGGAUUAUGAUUGAUCCUCCAAAACAAGCAGCAGAUAAAUUGACACAGGAGUUCAUCCGUAUACGUAAAAGAGAUCAUCUCAAACCGGCAUUAUUAUAUCAAUUGAUUAGAAAGUUGGACAAUACAAGCCAGAAGAGAAUAGUAGUUUUUGUUGCUAGGAAAGAAACUGCCCAUAAACUGAGAAUCGUCCUUGGGUUAUUGGGUAUGCAAGUUGGUGAAUUGCAUGGUUCGUUAACCCAAGAACAACGUCUACAGUCUGUUAAUAACUUCAAAUCCUUACAAGUACCAGUCUUAAUCUGUACCGAUUUAGCUUCGAGAGGUUUAGAUAUUCCAAAAAUUGAAGUGGUUAUCAAUUUCGAUAUGCCAAAAACUUACGAAAUUUACUUACACAGAGUUGGUCGUACUGCCAGAGCGGGUAGAGAAGGUCGUUCAGUAACCUUUGUAGGCGAAUCAUCUCAAGAUAGAAGUAUUGUCAGAAGUGCGAUCAGAUCAGUGGAAGAAAACGCUGAAAGUGGAAAGGCCUUGAGUAGAAACGUUGACUGGACACAAGUCGAGCAAGUCAACAGCUUGAUUGGAGCAAAGGGUGAUGUUGUAGAGGAGAUUAUUGAAGAAGAAAAGCAAGAGAAAGAGAUACUUAGAGCUGAAAUGGAACUUCGCAAAGGUGAAAACAUGCUAAAACACAAGGAAGAAAUCAGUGCAAGGCCAAGAAGAACCUGGUUUCAAUCAGAAGCUGAGAAGAAGAACUCUAAAAUGCUUCAAGUUUUGGCAAAAAACAAAAAGCCAAUCAACAGUAAGAAGAGAAAACAGCAAGAAGCAUUGGCUGAGAAUCCUCGGCUAUAUAAAAAGACACAAAAAGAUCGUGUCGAAUAUCAGGAACGUCAAUACAGCAAGAAGCAAGCUGCCUACGGAAAGAAGGGAAAGAAGGGUAAGAAAUAA